CCUAGAGAUUCGAACCCCCUGUCCCUAGGAACCCAUUUCCCCCCAUGCAAGACCAAAAGCAACUCAAUAUUAUAAAUAUCCAAACCCUUCUUCUCUAAUCUCAAUCAACCAAACAUUGAGGAGAAAAAUGUUACAACAUUUAGCAAUGCCAAUACUGCUUGUCACAUUCAUUUUCAUUCUAUCUUUAGCCUUGUUUCUUCAUGCAAAACAGAGUCAACAUGAUAGGAAACACAAACGCCCACCAGGUCCCAAACCUCUUCCCAUCAUUGGCAAUCUCCACAUGUUAGGAAAACUACCACAUCGUUCACUUCAAGCCCUUGCCAAAAAAUACGGACCCAUCAUGUCCAUGAAGCUAGGACAGGUCCCAACCAUUGUGGCUUCUUCCCCUGAAGCUGCCGAGCUCUUCCUCAAGACGCACGACACCAUUUUCGCUAGCAGGCCCAAAACCCAAGCUUCUGAGUACUUGUCUUUUGGCGGAAAGGGAAUGGUGUGGUCUGAGUACGGUCCCUACUGGCGCAACGUGAAAAAGAUGAGCAUGACACAGCUUCUCAGUGCAUCAAAAGUUGCAAGCUUUGCUCCUUUGAGGAAGGAAGAGUUGGGAUUGCUUGUAAAGUCACUUGUGAAAGCUGCAGAGUCAGGAGAAGUUGUGGAUGUCACUGACAAGGUUGGGAAGGUUGUGGAGAGUGUAGUGUUUAAAAUGGUACUAGGACGCAGUAAAGAUGAUAGAUUCGACAUAAAGAGGAUUGUUCAUGAGGCUCUGCACUUGAGUGGCGCUCUUAAUCUGGGAGAUUUUAUACCUUGGGCUGCUACCUUUGAUCUUCAGGGAAAAUUAAGACAAUUGAAGAAAAUAAGUAAGGCAUUUGACCAAGCGGUGGAGUAUAUCAUCAAAGAUCAUGAGGUUUCUUAUGAUAGCGGCCAUCACGAUAUGGACUUCGUGGACAUAUUACUAUCACAUAUGAACCAACACAUCGAUAGAACUAAUAUCAAGGCAAUUAUAUUCGACAUGAUUGUAGGAGCAUAUGAUACCUCUGUUACUUUAAUUGAGUGGGCCAUGUCAGAACUCUUAAGGAACCCUAGGGUUAUGAAGAAGCUUCAAGAUGAGUUGAUGAAUGUUGUAGGGAGAAAUAGACAAGUAGAGGAAGCUGAUUUGGUAGAAUUGAAUUACCUCAACAUGGUGGUGAAAGAGACCUUCAGGUUGUACCCAGUUGGUCCUUUAUUAAUUCCUCGUGAGUCUCAAGAAGAUGUUACUAUCAGUGGUUAUUUCAUACCCAAAAAGACACGGGUUUUGAUCAAUGUUUGGGCAAUAGGGAGAGAUCCUAAAGUUUGGUCAGAAAAUGCUGAGGUGUUUUACCCAGAAAGAUUUGUCAAUAGUGAUGUUGAUGUUCGUGGACAAGAUUUUCAACUUAUACCAUUUGGUUCUGGUCGCAGAGGGUGUCCUGGGGUGCAAUUGGGUCUAACUACAAUUGGCCUUGUUCUGGCUCAAUUAGUGCAUUGUUUCAAUUGGGAGCUCCCAUUGGGCAUGUCUCCUGAUGAAUUGGAUAUGACAGAGAUAUUUGGCCUCUCAAUUCCAAGAAGUAAGCAUUUACUAGCUGUUCCAACUUAUCGCUUGUUAAGUAAAGCUUGACUCAUUUGAAGGUGAAAACAUGACACUUUUUUAUGAUCCUUGCAUGUUCUUUGCAUGUGAGUCAUUGCAGUGAUUGUAAUAUUUAGUGAUUUUACUUCUCAUGAUGUGUUUCAAUAAGUCAUAUCCUCAACUUCCAUGUAUUUGUAGAUUACAUUUAAUUUCUCUUGAAAUAAAUCUCCCUUUGCCA